AUGGGGUUUGAGACACCAGUUAGAAAAGACAGAAAUUCACAUGGUGGUGGUAUUAUCAUGUAUUUUAAAAAUUACGUUCACAUAAUCCGUCUACAAGAUUUAGAGCAUGAUGAAAUUGAGAGUAUGUGGUUUGAGUUAAAGACCAAACUACGAUCUAUUUUGAUUAAUAUAAAUUAUAGGUCUGAAAGGCAAUCUACAGUUUAUUUCUGGCAAUACUUUGAUCAAAUGUUGAAAAACGCCCUUGAUGAAAAUAAUUGUAUAAUUUGCUUAGGUGAUCUGAAUAAAAAUUUUAUGUCGGAUCUACCGUCAAAUAUUAGAGAUAUUAUUUUUAUUAAUGGCCUGAUUAACAUAAUUGACAAAGCCACGCACUUUGACACACGAACAAGUAGCUCGUCACUACUUGACCCUAUUUUAGUUACAGACUCUAUACCAGUUUUAGAUAAAGACACUAUACCUAUUGAUAGAGGUGUAAGUGACCAUGACGGAACAUAUGUCACAAUUGAUUGUGGUUUUAGUAAAAGUCGAACAUAUAUUAGAUCUAUAUGGGAUUAUAAAAGAGGGGAUUAUGACUUGAUGAAACAAAAAGUACUUAACACUAAUUGGGAAAAUUUGAUUUCUGAUGCAAGUGAUGUUCAUGUUGCUGCUACGAAUUUCACUAACACUUUUAUUAAUAUAGCAUCUGCGUGUAUCCCUACAAGGGACGUAACUAUAAGAUGUGAUGAUAAAGUUUGGUUUGAUUCAAAUUUGAGACGGGAAACGAGAAAACGGGACAGAUUUCGAAAACUUUUUAUGCGUUCACAUAGUACAUCUGCUGAACAUAAAUAUAAGCAACAAAGGAACAAAGUUAAUAAUUUAAAAAAGCAAGCUAAAAAGCAUUUUUACGUGACUAUAAACGAGAAUUUGGAUGAACUUAAAGUUGCAAACUGUAAACAGUAUUGGAAGACCAUCAAUAUGUUAAUUAAAAGCGACAGACCAACUCAUGAUAUUCCUCCGCUAAGAGACCCGGAUCAUAACUUUAACCUUGCGUAUGAAGGAACAGAAAAGUCUGAGAUUUUAAAUAAAUAUUUUUGUUCUAUUUCUAAUAUAGAUGAUGCUCAAAAAGAUUUACCGGAAUUUGAUGAUCGCUGUCAUGAGUUUCUUUCGCAGAUAAUUGUUAGUGAACAAGAUGUACUUGAUAUUAUUUCUACGCUUGAUCCAAAUAAAGCGGUAGGACCAGAUAUUGUUAGCAACAGAAUGUUACUUGCUGUUAGAAAUGAAAUUUCAAAACCAUUAUGUUUACUUUUUAAUAAAUCACUUCAUGAGAGAGUAUUUCCCGAUCAAUGGAAAAUUGCAUAUGUUAUUCCAUUAUUCAAAAGUGGUGACAAAUCACUACCUUCUAACUACAGGCCUGUCUCCUUAUUGUCAUGUGACAUUAACAAGAGAGGAGCAUACAAACGAAAAAUGUCUAAACUUGAAGCAGAAAUUGAGGCGUUUUCCCGGACUGAUGCUGAUGGCAACGGUUCCAUCUCAUCUCAAGAAUGGGCUAAUUUCUACAGUACAUUGGAAGAUGAACGUUUACCAAAAUUAAGUUAUAAUUUGUGGUUACGUUCAUUUUAUAAUCAAAUCACUGAGCCUGGUUUUGACAAAAAUAACAACGGUCUAAUGGAACUCGGUGCAUGUCUCACUGGUGAAUGCCCAAUUUCCUUUGAUUUAUCAAAACAAAGUAUAAAACAUUAA